UUGAUAGGGGUUUUUGUUGUUAUUGUUGUGAAUUAAAAUCCUAGGAACGGAUGACUACUUUCCACGUGUCUUAAUUUGGCGAAGGCAGAGAACGAGAGGAAUCCUAACAAAACAUCUUUUAUUUUAUGCUUUUUUAUUUUACUUUAUUUUGCAUUUUCUAUUUAUUAUUAGUAUUUUAUUUUCUAGAAAUUUCGCACCAGAAAAAGCCUACUACCCACUCGCUCAUCGUCUAUGUGGACAGUGGACUAACCCCUUCGGAGUUCGAGGGCACACGGAGAUUCCGAGAACCGCAAAAUCAAAACCCAGAGAGAGGUUGCUGCUAACAAGGGAUGAAGCAGAAACAAAUGAAAUUGGCGAUUUUGAGAUUGAUAUUUCAGCAAUGGAUGCCGAGUGCGGCGCUGGCAGUUGCCUUGGGUGGGCAGCUAGGGAUCCUUCUGGGUUUCUUUCGCCUUACAGGUUCAGUCGAAGAGUUGUUGGAGGUGAUGAUGUUUCUUUGAGGAUUACACAUUGUGGAGUAUGCUAUGCUGAUGUUGCUUGGACAAGGAAUGCACUCCACAACUCGAUGUAUCCUUUGGUGCCUGGUCAUGAAAUCGUUGGUGUUGUGGCGGAGAUCGGCUCCAAUGUCAAAGGCUUCAAAGUUGGUGAUCAUGUUGGCGUUGGAACAUAUGUUGACUCAUGCAGAGAUUGCGAAUAUUGCAAUGAUUUUCUUGAGGUUCAUUGUUCAAAGGGGUCAAUCGGUACUUUCAACAGUAUCGACAUAGAUGGCACGGUCACGAAAGGGGGAUAUUCAAGCUACAUUGUAGUGCAUGAGAGGUACUGUUUCAAGAUACCUGAUGGGUACCCACUAGCAAUGGCAGCCCCCUUAUUAUGUGCGGGAAUAACAGUCUAUACGCCUAUGAUGCGCCACAAGAUGAACCAACCUGGUAAAUCCCUUGGGGUUAUUGGCCUUGGUGGGCUCGGCCAUAUGGCUGUCAAGUUUGGAAAGGCUUUUGGAUUGAAAGUCACGGUCUUCAGCACGAGUGAAUCCAAGAGAGAGGAAGCUCUUAAACGUCUUGGAGCAGACGGAUUCGUCAAUUCAUCAGACCAGCAGCAGAUGGAGUCUCUAACAAAGACCCUUGACUUUAUUAUCGACACUGCCUCUGGCGAUCAUCCUUUCGAUCCUUACCUGUCGCUCCUUAAGAUUUGUGGGACUAUGGUCCUAGUGGGCUUUCCUAGCGAAGUCAAGCUGCAUCCUGGGAGCAUUAAUCUUGGUUCGAGGAGUCUAUCUGGGAGUUUGACGGGUGGUACGAAGGAUACACAAGAUAUGAUAGAAUUUUGUGCAGCAAACAAGAUAUACCCUGAAAUUGAAAUUAUCAACAUACAGUAUAUAAAUGAAGCUCUUGAGAGGCUUAUCAAAAAGGAUGUGAGGUACCGUUUUGUGAUCGAUAUCAAGAACUCUCUCAAGUGAUCUGACAAUAAGGUGCAGAAAGAAGGAAGCUAUAAAAGUGGUGCAAUUUCUAGAUCCUGAUUUAUGUUCUUUCAUUUCCUAGUGUGAUGACAUGUAGUUUUGUAUAUUUUAUCACCACGUCUGGUUGUCGUUGUGAUUGACAUGACGAUGCUUAUAAUUCCAUUUUCUGUUACGAUACCAUGUAACAGCGUAUAAAUCCACCUUUUUCUGUGUUUGGUUCUUA